AUGCAAGCGUGGAAAUCAGUAUGGGCCAAAGUUGCCCCAUCCUAUUCCCCACGUUCACCUGUUCGAACCAGGGCAGUGGGAGACAACAUUUGUAAUAGACUACUCAUAAGGUUGCUGAAAAUCCAUCGACAGCCCCCGACCGGUUUCGCCCUUCCACUUCGGGCUCAUCAGGCAACUGAAUGUGCUGCACCAGGCCGCCUCAUGGUUCAGUCGGUACGAUAUUUGAAAUAUCGCGAUACAUGUAUAUUUGUAAUGUACUACUCAUAA